CACAAUCACCAACCCUCACACGACAUCUACCACCAUCUCCAUCAUCAACCUCUCUGGACCUACUUCCCCGGUCGUCAGAGUCUACAUCCGCGCCGCAACUUCUCCCCCGCCCACGAUCUAUCUCCGCCGACAACCGCCCAAACACUACCAUGGCCCAGGACGACAAGCCUGUCGCCGACAAGGGCAAGGCUCCUGCUGAGAAGCAGACCACCGAAGUCCCCGGCGCAAAGGAACCUCAAGAGAAGACGACCAAGGAUGGCAAGAAGCCUGUCGAUCUCCCUGCUGAUGAGUUGAGUGAGGAAGACCAGAAGCUCAAGGACGAGCUGGAUAUGCUCGCCGAGAGAUUACAAGAGUCAGACAAGUCGUUGUACAAGCCCGCCCUCGAAGCCAUCAAGACAUCCAUCAAGACAGCAACUUCUUCCAUGACCGCCGUCCCCAAGCCUCUCAAAUUCCUUCGCCCCCACUACGAGAAGCUCGAGCAAACAUACGAAUCAUGGCCUGCAGGCGAUGACAAGAACUCGCUGGCUGACACUUUGUCCGUGCUGGGCAUGACCUACGCUGACGAAGACCGCACCGACACACUCAAGUACCGCUUGCUAGCACCAUCAGGUGAUCUCGGCUCAUGGGGUCACGAAUACAUGCGCCACCUGGCUCUCGAGAUAGGAUCCGAUUAUCAGAAGCGCUUGAACGAGGAGCGUGACGCCGACGAACUCGUUACCCUGUGUCUCGCACUCGUCCCCUUCUUCCUUAAGCACAAUGCAGAGGCCGAUGCUGUCGACAUCCUGAGCGAAUUAGAAAUGAUCGAAUCCAUUGCCGACCACGUCGACGAGAACACCUACGCCAGAGUCUGCCUGUACAUGGUCAGCAUGGUACCGCUUCUCACCUACCCCGACAACGAUCGCUUCCUCCACACCGCACACGAUAUCUACAGAAAACACAACCAGCUACCCCACGCUCUCACCCUCGCCAUUCGUCUCAAUGACUUCGACCUGAUCAAGAGCGACUUCAACUCAACCAAGGACAAGAACAUGCGUAGACAGCUCGCAUUUGUACUCGCCCGCCAAAAGAUUCCCCUUGAGCUUGACGAUGAUGAGAAGGAGGAGGACCCUGAGCUGCAAGAUUGCUUGAACAACACCAAGAUGCCCGACCACUUCAAGGCCUUGGCCAAGGAGCUUAACAUCUUGGACCCCAAGGUUCCCGAGGACAUCUACAAGUCACAUCUCGAAUCAAGCAGGACCGCUGGAUUGACCAACACCGACUCGGCGAGACACAACCUUGCCAGUGCAUUUGUCAACGCCUUUGUCAACGCUGGUUUCGGAACCGACAAGAUGAUGCUCGUUGAGGGUGGUAUCAAGUCAAGUUGGGUAUGGAAGACAAAGGAUGACGGCAUGCUUUCCACCGCCGCCUCUCUUGGUUCUCUUAUGCUCUGGGAUGUCGAGAACGGUGUUGACAAGAUUGACACAUACACAUAUGUUCAGGAGGACUCGAUCAAGGCUGGCGCUGCUCUGGCUACUGGUAUCGUCAACUCUGGCGUGCGUCUUGAGGCUGACCCUGCCUUUGCUCUGCUCGGUGACAACCUGGACAGCUCAAAGUCAAAGUCUGUCAGAGUCGCUUCUCUGAUGGGUCUUGGUCUGGCUUACGCUGGCUCAAACCGCGAGGAUCUCCUUGAACUGCUUCUUCCCUUCGUCACCGACACUUCUCUCGACAUGCAGUUGUCUGCUAUGGCUGCUCUUUCUCUUGGAUUGGUCUUUGUCGGCUCUGCUCAAUCAGAUGUCAGCGAGGCAAUCAUCCAGACUUUCCUCGAUGACGACCGCAACAAGCAGCUCAAGGACAAGUGGACCCGCUUCAUGGCUCUCGGUCUUGCCCUGUUGUACUUCGGUCAGCAAGAAGAGGUCGAUGUCAUUCUUGAGACACUCAAAGCCAUUGAUCACCCCAUGUCCAAGCCUACCUCUGUUCUUGCAGAGAUCUGCGCCUGGGCUGGUACCGGUGCCGUCUUGAAGCUUCAAGAGCUACUCUACACCUGCAACGAGCACAUCGAGGAAGGUGAUGAGGACAGAAAGGGUGAUGAGCUUGUUCAGACCUAUGCUGUUCUUGGUCUCUCGCUUGUCGCCAUGGGUGAGGAAGUUGGCCAAGAGAUGGUCCUCCGCCAGUUUGGUCACUUGAUGCACUACGGCGAGGCCAACAUUCGCAAGGCUGUUCCUCUUGCCAUGGGUCUGAUCUCUCCUUCGAACCCUCAGAUGAAGGUCUACGAUACCCUCUCAAGAUACACUCACGACAACGACCAUGAUGUUGCUGUUAACGCAAUCUUCGCUAUGGGUCUGCUCGGUGCCGGUACCAACAACGCUCGUCUGGCCCAACUCCUGCGCCAGCUUGCUUCAUACUACCACCGCGACCCCAACGCCCUCUUCAUGGUCCGCAUCGCCCAAGGUAUGCUGCACAUGGGCAAGGGUACGCUUUCGCUCUCACCCUUCCACACCGACCGCAGCGUCCUCUCCAGAGUCUCAGCUGCUGGUCUUCUCACAACCCUCGUCUCACUCAUCGACGCCAAGUCAUUCAUCCUCGGCGACUCGCACUACCUCCUUUACUUCCUCGUUACCGCCAUCAACCCCAGAUUCCUGAUCACUCUGGAUGAAGACCUCAAGCCUCUGAUUGUCAACGUCCGUGUUGGUCAAGCAGUGGAUGUUGUCGGCCAAGCUGGUCGCCCCAAGACCAUCACCGGUUGGCAAACACAGAGCACACCCGUGCUGUUGAGCUACGGCGAAAGAGCCGAGCUCGAAGACGAGGAGUACAUCCCCGUUACGAAUGUCAUGGAGGGAUUGGUUAUUCUGAAAAAGAACCCCGAGUGGGAAGGAGCACAAGCAUAAAUGGUUGCAUGAAAUGAUAAGCGGGUGUCGAAGCGAAAAGUUCACAUGAAGCUUUCGGUCAUUGACAUACUUAUGAACAUCAGACACGGCGAAUAGGCGCUGGUAGGAAAUGUAAUAUAGAGAAGACGAAGACGGCGGUAGCAUAUUUCUCAAUGAAUGCACCCUUUCACGAUUCA